GUUCUUCUCAGUCUCCACAGUUCUCCACGCUCCGGUGCGUCUCCAGCGAAGCGAGGCACCACCAUGGCGGGGAAGCAGUUCGCCUCCCUGGCGCACGCGCGCCCCGCCUCUGCCUCCUCCCGCCGGCUCCUCGCCGCCGCGGGCGUCCUCAUCCUCCUCUCCGCCGCCUACUUCCUCCUCCUCUCCCCCUCCUCGCCCCGCCCCACCGCCGCCGUCCUCGCGAGCCCUAGCUCCUCCACCACCACCUCCUUCCUCGCCUCCCUCGAAAGCUUCCUCGCCGCACCGCACCCCUCCGACUCAGCGCCCGCUCCCGGCGACCUUGAUGCCGCGAUCCGGGCCCAGGAGGAGGCCCGGCUCUACGGGGACCCCGCGUGGCCCGCGCCCGCCGCGGGGCCGCUCAGGGUCUACGUGUACGAGAUGCCGAGCAAGUUCACCUACGAUCUGCUGAGGCUGUUCAGGGACUCGUACCGGGAGACGGACAAUCUCACGUCCAAUGGGAGCCCCGUGCACCGGCUCAUCGAGCAGCAUUCUAUUGACUACUGGCUAUGGGCGGAUCUCAUUGCGCCUGAAUCACGAAGACUUUUGAAGAAUGUCCUCAGGGUUCAGCGGCAAGAAGAAGCAGACAUUUUCUAUGUGCCAUUCUUCACAACAAUCAGUUACUUCUUGCUGGAGAAACAAGAAUGCAAAGCACUUUAUAGGGAAGCUUUAAAGUGGGUGACUAAUCAGCCAGCUUGGCAACGUUCAGAAGGCAGAGAUCAUGUCAUUCCUGUUCACCACCCAUGGUCAUUUAAGUCAGUACGGAGUUUUGUGAAGAAGGCAAUAUGGCUUCUACCUGAUAUGGAUUCAACCGGCAACUGGUAUAAACCAGGACAGGUGUAUCUGGAAAAGGAUGUCAUCCUUCCAUAUGUUCCAAAUGUUGAUCUUUGUGAUUCGAAGUGUGUAUCCGAAACUCAAUCCAAAAGAAGUAUAUUGCUGUUCUUUCGAGGAAGGCUAAAGAGAAAUGCUGGAGGGAAGAUCCGCAGUAAGCUUGUGGAGGAACUAAAAGGUGCAGAAGGCAUAGUUAUAGAAGAAGGUUCUGCUGGAGCUCAGGGAAAAACAGCAGCUCAGGAUGGCAUGCGCAAGUCUCUCUUUUGCCUGAGUCCAGCUGGAGAUACCCCAUCUUCUGCUCGCCUGUUUGAUGCAAUUGUUAGUGGAUGUAUCCCAGUUAUAAUAAGUGAUGAACUGGAGCUUCCUUUUGAAGGAAUACUUGACUAUAGGGAGAUAGCAUUAUUUGUUUCAUCAACUGAUGCUUUGCAACCUGGCUGGCUCAUGAAUUACCUAAGAAGAAUCGAUGCCAAAAGGAUCAGAGAAAUGCAAUCUAAUCUUGUGAAGUUUUCAAGGCAUUUUCUGUAUUCAAGUCCUGCUCAACCUCUUGGACCAGAAGACCUUACAUGGAGAAUGAUUGCUGGUAAACUGUUAAACAUCAAGUUGCACAUCCGACGUUCUCAACGUGUGGUUAGAGAGUCAAGGAGCAUAUGUACAUGUGAAUGCAGAGUCGGGAACACCACGAGGAUGCUUUGAACCAAUCUUUCCCUUUGUGUUUUUAAAAUUUCAAACUUCUGUAACAUAGCCAAUUUUCAGUUGCCAAUAGUGCGAGCUUUGAGUUAGGCAAUUUUAGCCAAUGUAUGUAAACCUAACCGUAGUUCUGUAACCAAUGUAUGAGUUUGAAGUUCGAACUGGGAAAAGUUGUGAUACUA